AAACAUAAAACAAUCAAAAUAUUGCACAUGCCCAAUUCAUGAUCUCCUUUUGCUAAUUUCCUCACUUUAUAUUUUCCAUUUUUCCAAAGGGUUUAAUUAAUAUCCCAUGGCCAAAAAUGGCGUUAACCUAACCAUGUUCUUCCUGUUCAUCAUAACAUACUGCUAUUGGGAGAGCCACGUGAAACUCGCUGACUUCAUCACCACUUCUCCAAAUUCAAUCCAUCUUAUCAAAGACAUUUUCAUACUCGCCGGACAAAGCAACAUGGCGGGGAGAGGCGGCGUGAUCGAAAGAAACUGGGACGGAAUAAUCCCACCGGAAAUCCAGUCCAGUCCCGGAAAGAUUCUACGAUUGGGUGGUGAUCUGAAUUGGGAAGACGCAGAAGAACCACUUCAUGCCGAUAUCGACGUCAACAAGACUUGUGGAGUUGGGCCAGGAAUGGCGUUUGCGAAUGCGCUGAUCGACGGCGAUCCACGGCGGUUUCCGGUGGUGGGGUUGGUGCCGUGUGCUAUUGGAGGGAGUGGGAUUGAUGAGUGGUCGCGUGGUGGGAGACUUUACGAACGGUUAAAAAGGAGGGCGGCGGUGGCGGUGGAACGCGGCGGAGAGAUUAGGGCGGUGUUGUGGUUUCAAGGGGAGAGAGACACGAUUAACAUAACCGAUGCUGAAUCGUAUAAAGGAAAAUUACAGAGAUUAUAUAUCGAUUUAAGAACUGAUCUAAAUUCGCCUUUGCUUCCCGUGAUUCAGGUUGCUUUAGCUUCUGGUGAAGGAUCUUAUGUAGAAAAGGUUAGAGAAGCUCAACUUGGAAUCCAGCUUCCGAAUGUAAUAACAGUUGAUGCGAAGGGACUACAACUACAACCGGAUGGACUUCACCUCAGCACCCAAGCCCAAGUUCAGGUCGGGGAGAUGAUGGCUCAUGCAUAUACUACAUUCCGAUUGUUGUCACUAGUUACAGGAGAUUAAUUAAGAAUCCUUGUGAAUAAUACUGUUAUUGUUAUACAUAUAAUGAUCUGUGCAUACUUUUUUUUUUUUUUUUUGAAAGUAUAGAGAUACCCAUUCAUGGCUUAGUAAA